UGUGUGUGUGUGUGUGUGUGAUCUCAGUGCUACGUCUCAGUCCUCCGUCUAAUAAUAGAAGAGGCAGCCUGCUCCUUUAAGAACCUACUUGUUGCAUAUAGACGAGUCUACGAAAUAUAUUGCAACAAAAUGGUUAUCAAAGUAUUUCUCGCUUCUUCAUCAGGAUCCACUGCGAUCAAGAAGAAGCAGCAGGAUGUGGUCGGCUUCCUGGAGGCUCUUAAAGUGGACUACACUCCGCUGGACAUCGCCUGCAAUGAGGAGAACCGCAUGUGGAUGAGGCAGAAUGUCCCUGAGGAGAAGAAGCCCACCAACGGCAUCCCGCUGCCCCCUCAGAUCUUCAAUGAAGAGAGCUACUGUGGGGACUAUGAGACGUUCUUUGACGCCAAAGAGGACAACUCUGUGUAUGCCUUCCUGGGGCUGCCCCCUCCUCCUGGGUCAAAGGAGGUUCCAAUGGAGGAGCGUAAUGGCGAUGCACACAGAGAGGACGAGCAGGCACAGGCAGCUGAGGAAGAAGGUGAGGGUGGCGAGGAGGUAGCAGAGGGAGAGACAGCUGAUGAUGAAGCCACGGAAGGAGAAACAGCAGGAGACGAGGCACUUGCAGAGGAAGAGGAGGAGGCAGUGGAAGAAACAGAUGAGGCCCGAGCACAGGAGGAGGAACAGGAAGAAGCUGAUGAAGACAGGGAGGAAGAAGAGCUACGACAGCUUGAGGAAGAAGAAGAGGCUGAAGUACAAGAGGAGGAAGAGGCCGAGUAGUUGAAGCCAGGUGACGUCAAUGACGUUGACUUACUACUGUCCAGCCUGAAGGAGCCUCCUGUUCUGUCUCUGCCUGACCCCUGACGCUUGACCCCCUCAGCCCUCUCAGACAGCCCCUCCACCCUUCCCCAAGGCCACACUGGACCCCACUGGAAACUUUUGGUCAUGUGCCUGAAGGUGCCGUCCAAACUGAAAAGUCCUAACCCCCAACCCUUUCCCUUUUGACUGCAAUGUUGACUUAAUUUCUAUAUUGCGAGUAGAGACAUAAUGUAAUGAAAAUGCGGCGCAGAGUAGCCUAGUGGUGUCAGUUUCUUUUUAAUGAGUAGCUUUUGUAAAAUGCAAAAAUUAUUAUUAUGUUAUUUUGUUAAACUCAAACAUAUUUCUGAAGUUUUACUUUUAGAAAAUUCUAGUUUCCAAACACAAAGAGGCAAUGACCGUUCCAAAAAAAUAUUACUUUGGAAUACCUUCGCUUGUGGCCUCUACUUGAGAUUCAAAUGUUCAUUACAUUUCAUUACAUACUGCAAGAAUGCAAAGUACUCUGCCACUACUACAAAUAUAUCUGCCAUUACUGCUGUCUAAUCAAUGCACUUUGUUGAAUGAGGAGUGAAACAUGUGACUAAGACUUGGAUGCAAUGGAAAAUGCAAUAAAGUAGACUGGUAAAAACAACA